AUGGGAGCCGUCGCAUCGUGCCUCAACAGCAUCGUCUCGGCGAUUGCCGGACUGUUCCACACCAUCUUCUCCGCCAUCGGCAGCAUCCUGCACACCAUUGUCUCGGCCGUGGCAUCGUGCCUCACGGCUACGUUCAACUGCAUCGCCGACGUGCUCUGCUGUCGAUGCGGCGGCGGCGGUCGACGCAGGAGCAAAGUCUAG